GUUGUUCCAUAAGUUCCAAGUUCCAGGGGCGGACUGGUAAUCUGUGGGUUCUGGAGGAUCACAGAACGGCCGGUGCCCUGGACGGCCGGCGGCCGCCAUUCAUUAUAGAUCACUGUUUUUGUCCCCCCUAGCCUCUGAUUAUCUACAGUUUGCAUCCAAUCCGACAGGUGGCAGCAAUGCGCCUGGCUGUUCAUCGCCAGUCCGAUUGAAGAACGAAAGAAGCACAAAGUUGCCUUCAUUGGUUCCUUGUGGAAGCAAAAUGGCGACGAGCGUUAAUGCCCAAUAUGGAUGGUGGUGGCAAAAAAAGAAAAGAGAAGGGUGGCGCGGAGAAGGUUAGGAAGAAAAAAAUUAAAGAAACUGGAGAGCAAAGCAUUAAAAUGUCAUAAAUUGACAAAUAUUUUCGCAAGCAGCAGUCUGGCUGCAACGGCCACGUUGGGUAACAGCAGCCCAGCCCCGGCGAUGGUGAGAGGGGGCAGCCGCUCUGACGUGCAGCCGGUGCAGGGAGGGAGAAAAAUAGAGGGAGGAGGUAAUGAUAAGCUGGUGGAAGUUCGAGAGGGAAGUUCCCCAGACAAGCGCAGAGCAAGUAAAAAGGGAUGAAGAGGGUCACUUGCUCGGUAUACUGACAAUUGUUAUCCACAAGAGCGCCAUCAUGGCUAUCGCCCACGUGGCCACCGAGUACGUAUUCAGCGAUUUCCUGUUGAAGGAUCCCAACCAGACCCGAUACCGGAAUAUACGCACGGAGCUGGCGGUGGACAAGAUGGUGACCUGUGUGGCGGUGGGCCUCCCUCUCCUUCUCAUCUCGCUCGCCUUUGCGCAGGAAGUCUCCGUCGGAACUCAGAUCAGCUGCUUCGCUCCCAGCAACUUCUCGUGGCGACAGGCGGCUUACGUGGAUUCGUACUGUUGGGCGUCAGUACACACGCACACCUUGCCUCUGUGGCUGCACAAGUUCUUUCCAUACAUCCUGCUGCUGGUGGCCAUGUUGACAUACAGCCCGGCUCUGUUUUGGAGGUUCUGGUCGGUUCCGCUGCUGCAAUCCGACCUGGCGUUCAUCAUGGAGGAGCUGGACCGCUGCUACAACCGGGCUGUCACGCUGGCUAAGCGAAUGACCAGCACCGGGUUGCAGGGCGCUGAAAGUUGCAGUGACCUGACGGAGGGCUGCUUCAACUACCCGCUAGUGGAGAAGUUCCUGACCACCAAGCGUAGCUGUCGCACCCUGCUAGCUCGCUACCUGCUGUGCCGAGGUUUGACGCUAGCCACGCUGCUGUGCGCCUGCCUCUACCUGGGCUACUACCUGCGCCUGGCUUCGCUCACCGACGACUUCGGCUGCACGCUAAGAGUCGGGCUGCUGGCCAACGACUCGGCCGUGCCCGAACAGGUGGAGUGCAAACUCAUCGCCGUGGGAGUCUUCACGCUGCUCAGCCUGGUCAACUUGAUCAUCUUCUCGGCGUUGAUCCCCGUGGUGAUCUACGCCAGUCUCCGCCCCCUCCUGUGUCAGCGCUACGCACGCUUCCUGGAAACCUACCAAUUGCUGCCCACUGUCAGCGUCCUGCCCGCGUCCAGCGGCCAAUGGGACGACCUCUCGCUUUAUCUGCUCUUUCUGGAGGAGAACAUCAGCGAGCUCAAGUCCUACAAGUACAUCAAGGUUUUGGAGCUGCUAAAAAAAGGAGGGGAAUCCUCAGGUGAGGAGUUUGACGCCAUGGGGCUGCUGCAGACGCUGUGUCUGGUCAAGAUGGACACGGUGGAUGCCAAGAAAGUGGCGCAAGUCGCCGCCAAACCCGAUCAGCUCGUCGUGCAAGAGGAAGAGGCGGCCAAGCACCGCAAACAGCAAGAUGACGGCAGGAGCGGAACGGAGAUGAAGGAGUUGACUCCCUUGUUGCCGGGCAACGGAGACGUGACUGGCGGUAGAAUAAACAUUGAGGGCGGAGCUCUGCGGCAGCGAGCGAUGUGAUUGGCCGCCGAUGUUUCCGCCACAUCAUCACAUUUGCAUAUCCAUCCAGCUCAUUUGCAUGUUGUUUGUCAUUUUUUGCUGCCUUAGCUCAAAUAUUAUGCGAUCAUGUGACCAGUUCUACCAUCAUAAACUUUAAGGAGGACAUCAUCAAAGUAAUUGAUGUAUUUAUUUGCACUGCUUCUCUUGUUUCUUUGUGUCGUUUUGAUUGCUAUGAAGCAAUUUAACUCAUGUAGGAUGUAUUCAUAAUAUUUUCAGUCUGCUUACAUUUGACUGAAUUAAUGUCAUAAUUGAUAAUGAUGGUACGACGUGUUAUAACACCAGAAUGAAUCAGAAGGUUAUUUUGGUGCAUCCUUUCUACUGGCCACGUGAAUGUAAGAAUGUAUUUGAGUACAUUCAUGAAUUUUAAUUUUUGUUUUUUUGCAUGUUUUGCAAUUCUGGAAAGUUUAAAUCAGUGUUUUCAUGUUUUGCGGUAAAGCUAAGUACAGUGGUUUGAAAAAGUUAUCUGGACCUUUUGGAAUUUCUCGCAUUUCUGCAUAAAAUCGCCAUCAAAUGUGAGCUGAUCUUUGUCAAAAUCACACAGAUGAAAAAACAGUGCUUUAACUAAAACCACACAUUUAUAGGUUUUCAUAUUUUCAUGAGGUUACCAUGCAAACCAUGAAAGAAGGGGUGAAAAUAAGUAAGUGCACCAUCACAUUUAAUAUUUUGUGCCCCCCCGGCAGCAAUAACAAGACACCUAUUGAAGCUUUUGAUUAGUCUGGCACAUCGAUCAGGACUAUCUUGCCUCAUUUUUCUCUUCAAAACUGCUGUAGUUCAGUCAGAUUCCUGGGAUGUCUGCCAUGAAUCGCUGCCUUUAGGUCAUGCCACAGCAUCUCAAUGGGGUUCAAGUCUGGACUUUGACUUGGCCACUCCAGAACUUGUGUUUUGUUCUUCUGAAACCAUUCUGAAGUUAAUUUACUUCUGUGUUUUGGAUCAUUGUUUUGUUUCAGCAUCCAUCCGCUCUUUAGCUUCAACUGAGAGACAGCCUCAGGUUUCCUACAAAAUAUCCUGAUAAACUUUAGAAUUCAUUCUUCCAUCAAUGAUUUCAAGUUGUCCAGGCCCUGAGGUAACGAAACAGCCCCAAAUCAUGAUGCUCCCUCCACCAUGCUUCACGGUGGGGAUGAGGUGUCGAUGUUGAUGAGUUGUUCCAUUUUCCCUCCACACAUGACGUUGUGUGUUACUCCCAAACAAUUCAACUUUGGUUUCAUCAGUCCACAAAAUAUUUUGCUAAAACUUCUGUGGAGGGUCUAAGUGCCUUUUUGACAAGAUUAAACGAGCAAAUACGUUUUUUUUGGACAGCAGUGGCUUCCUCUGUGGAGUCCUCCCAUGAACACCAUUUUGGCCAUAGGUUUACAUUUAGUUGAUGUGUGCACAAAGAUAUUGGAAUGUGACAGUGAUUCCUGUAAGUAUUUAGCAGACACGCUAGGGUUCUUUUCUUACCUCUAUGAGUAUUCUGCGCUAAACUCUUGGCGUCAUCUUUAGUGGACGGUCACUCCUUGGGAGAGAACAGUGCCAAAUUCUCUCUUCUGAAACCAUUCUGAAGUUGAUUUGCCUCAGCAUUCAUCCUCUUGAUAAACAAAUGAAGUCAUUCUUUUAUUAAUGAUUGCAAGUUGUCCAGGCCCUGAGGUAGCAAAACAGCCCCAAAUCAUGAUGCUAACCUCCACCAUGCUUCAUGGUAGGGAUGAGGUGUUGAUGUUGGUGAGUUGUUCCAUUUUUUUCCUCCACACAUGACAUUGUGUUAUACUCCCAAACAAUUCAACUUUGGUUUCAUCACUCCACAAAAUAUUUUGCCAAAACUUCUGUGCAGGGUCCAAGUGCCAUUAUGUGAAGAUUAAACGAGCAAAUAAAUUUUUUGGGACAGAAAUGGCUUACUCCAUGGAGUCCUCCCAUGAACACCUUUGUUGGCCAUAGUUUUACAUAGAGUCGAUGUGUGCAAAGAGAUACUGAACUGUGCCAGGGAUUUUUGGUCUUGAGCAGACAUUCUACAGUAGUGUACUUUUUUUUAAACCUCUGAGUAUUCUGCGCCAAACUCUUGGCAUCAUCUUUGGUGGACGGCCACUCCUUGCGAGGGAAGCAAAAGUGCCACUCUCUACAUUUGUAGACAACAUCUCUGACUGUCGAUUCAUGAACAUCCAGACUUUUAGAGAUGGUUUUGUAUCCUUUCUCAGCUUUGUACAAAUCAACCAUCCUCAAUGAUUCAGACAGCUCUUUUGACCCAGCCAUGAUGCACAUCAGACAAUGCUUCUUAUCAAGACAUUUCUUACCAGGUGUGUGUUUUAUAGUGGGCAGGGCAGCUUUGAACCACUCAUCAGUGAUUGGGCCUAUCAAUGGGCACACACCUGACUUACAAUGUUUGGCAAAAAUAGUUUUCAAUUGCUAUUUAAGGCUGCUUAGGCAGAGGGUUCACUUUUUUUUUCCCUUCUGUCAUUAUUUGCAUGUUAUCUUCAUUAAAAUAUGAAAACCUAUCAAUAAUCGGGUGAUUUUAGUUAAAGCAGACACAUUAUUUUCAUCUGUGUGAUCUUGAGAAAGAUCACAUCACAUUUGAUGCUUAUUUUAUGCAGAAAUAUGAGAAAGUCCAAAAAGUUCAGAUACUUUUUCAGACCACUGUAAUUUUAUGAUGUCCAUCUUUUGGAAACUAAAGUAGGUGCUUGAGUGCUUUGUAUUUUUAGUUUUGUGUUUAUUCAAAACAAAUGUCAGAAUCUGAAUUUGUCAUGACAAUUUUUGAAAAAAUAAUAAACACAAUAUGUGUUACUUUUUUUUUUUUUUUUGGAAGAAAUAAAAACACCAAGCGUGAAAUGUCAUUCUUUUUUUAAUUUGAUUUUUCAAUCUUUUCAUCCUGCUGCUGAGUAUUCGCGAUGAUAAUUUCUACUACAUGAUGAGCGUGUUGCGGAAAAGGUGCAAAAAAUGAAAUAUGACGGGAUCAACAACUGUUCAACAUUGCCGACCAGCUGCCUCCGGCUAUGACAUCGUCACUCGGCAUCCUGUUUUUCAAUCAUAAUAAUCAGUAAAAUGAUUGAUGUGACGUUUGUCCGAUAUUUAGAUGUCGUUUUCACAAAAAUAUUACAAAACGCAAGAAGACGGUGAAUACAGUGUUGACUUACAAACAAGCCUCGAGAGCUUUCGUAAUCGUCCGACAUUCUUCAAACGAUGCCAAAACUCCGAUUGGAAGACAUUCUCAGAGGCAGCGCAACGUGGAUUGCAAUUGGUCCGUUUCCCGCG